AUGCCGCCCUCCCAACCCAAGAAGCCGGACGUAUCUGCUGCUGCGAAAGAACGCAACGAAUAUAUUCCUUCCUUCAUCUCCAAGAAGCCCUUUUAUGCCGUCGACGAGAAUGGCGAGGACACCACCGACUACCUCGAGCACCAGCGUCUCCAGAAGCAGGAACAGGACUCUAAAUGGUAUGAUCGUGGCAAGAAGGCUGGCCCGGCUGCAACAAAGUUCCGCAAAGGCGCAUGCGAGAACUGCGGAGCCAUGACCCACAAGAAGAAAGACUGCUUGAGCCGGCCGCGCAAGGCAGGCGCAAAAUACACAGGUAAGAAUAUCGAGGCAGAUGAGGUCAUUCAAGACGUGCAGCUGGGGUUCGAUGCAAAACGCGACCGCUGGAAUGGUUACGAUGCCUCAAACUUCGUUGAGGUUAUUGAGGAGUACAAUGCCAUGGAGGAAAUUCGCAAAAAGGCCAAAGAAGUAGAAAAGGGCGACAAGUCAGACGAUGAGGAUGAGGGCGAUAAAUACGAUGCCGAGACCGACAUGGGAAGGAAACAGGCCACAUCUACACGCAACCUGCGAUUACGAGAAGACACUGCAAAGUACCUACUGAAUCUAGACCUCGACUCAGCGAAAUACGAUCCCAAGACGCGUUCUAUGGUCGACAGCGGCGCAACAGCGGAUAGUGCAGCACAACUCGUGGCGGAGGAAGGUUUCAUGAAGGCCUCUGGAGAUGCAGCCGAGUUUGAAAGGGCACAGCGGUACGCCUGGGAAACACAGGAGCGUGGAGACAAGAACAAGAUUCAUCUGCAAGCCAACCCUACAUCGGGCGAGGUCAUGAGAAAGAAGCAACUCAAGGAGGCCGAAGAGGCUGCGGCAGCCAAGAAGAAGGCGUUGGCCGAGAAGUACGGAACUCAAGAGAAGUUUACCGAUGACACACUACGCAAAGCCGCCGUGACAGAGAACGAGCGGUACGUUGAGUACGACGAGCGAGGAGCCAUCAAGGGUGUACCGAAAGUUAAGGCAAAGUCAAAAUACCCAGAAGAUGUCCUACUCAACAAUCACACAUCUGUUUGGGGCAGCUGGUGGUCCAAUUUCCAAUGGGGCUUCGCAUGCUGUCAUUCGACGGUCAAGAACUCAUAUUGUACGGGCGAGGCAGGCAAGGAAGCAUUUGAACUGGCGGAUCGGAUGCGAACUGGUGCUGAUCUCGAGGAAGUUCCAAAGGAGAUUGCAUGGAAGGAAGCCGAAGCUCUGGAGGAGCAUGUACCAAACGCUCCAGACCAGGCCCAGAAGGCAAAGGCCGAUGCAGCGAGUCGAAAGCGAGCGCUGGAUGAAAUGACUGGUCAAGUGAACGAAGAGGAGAUGGAGGAAUACCGCAGAAAGCGUACAAUGGCGGCUGACCCCAUGGCAGCAUACCUUUCCAAGGGAAGCAAAAGUGAGGCAAUCUGA